AAUGGUCUAUUUACUGUUUACAGAGAGAGCACGAGAUUACCUGCACAAGACUGGAAAGUUUAUUGUAAUUGGAGGAAUUAUCUCUCCUGUGCAUGACUCAUAUGGCAAGCAGGGUCUGGUUUCAAGUCGGCAUCGUCUCAGCAUGUGUCAGCUGGCUGUGCAGAAUUCAGACUGGAUUCGGGUAGACCCUUGGGAGUGCUACCAAGAUACUUGGCAAACAACAUGCAGUGUGCUGGAACAUCACAGAGAUCUCAUGAAGAGAGUAACUGGAUGUAUCUUGUCUAAUGUGAACACUCCUUCUGUCACGCCUGUGAUUGGACAGUCUCUAAACCAAUCAACACAGCCUGUCUACCAGAACAACAAUCUCACCAACAAGCCCACUGCAGUAAGGAUUCUGGGAAAAGUUGGUGAAGGACUGAGUCGCAUGUGCUGUGUCCGCCCCAAUCUGCAGCGUGUUACAUUUGUAGAUGAGAAUGCUAAUUUGGGCACGGUGAUGAGAUAUGAAGAAAUAGAGCUACGGAUCUUGCUCCUGUGUGGUAGUGACCUGCUUGAGUCAUUUUGUAUCCCUGGCCUCUGGAAUGAGUCCGAUAUGGAAGUGAUCGUGGGUGACUUUGGCAUUGUGGUUGUGCCACGUGAUGGAACAGACACUGAGCAAAUCAUGAAUCACUCAUCUCUGGCUCCGUAAAUACAAGAACAACAUCAUUGUGAUUAAAGAUGAUACCAACCAUCCUAUGUCCCAUGUGAGCUCCACUAAAAGCAGACUGGCCUUGCAGCAUGGAGAUGGACAUGUGGUGGAUUACCUAACACAACCUGUAAUUGACUAUGUCCUGAAAAGUCAGCUUUAUAUCAAUACAUCCGGUUGA